GUGACAAUACAGACAGGAAUAGACGGUGAGAAGUCCGUUGUACUCGUUGACAUACCUAUCGCUCGUGGCGGCAUUGAAAGGAAGGAGCCUCUAGUAUCAUGAAGAAACAUCUGGUUUAAAAUAUUGUUAUGGCUUUGCUCCCAAGCUUUGAAGCUAAUCUCGGGCGCCUUACGCGCUCUUUAAGAUGUCUUAGCAGCAUUCCUUGUCAAGGGCUUGGUAGUGGCAUCGGCUACCAGGAAGAACAUAUUAGCCAUUCGGGGCGGGAGUCUGUGGAUUUCUGUGGCAGCUCUACAAGCCAUGGGUACGGCGGAUGGCAACUCAGGGACGCUAAAGCCGCACACCGGCGCUCUACACCCGCUGGACCCUUUCAGCCGAUCAUCCUUAGAGGUCUCGCAACAUCAGCUGGACGGGUGUUGGAUACGGCUGCAAAAGGCGUUGGAGAUGAGUCCAGCGGAUCGGCAUCAAGCUCACGUGGCAGCUCCUCAGCCAGCCAGGCCAAGCUAGCUCUGGACGCUGCCCAAGACUUACCUUCCCUCCUACGACUGGUGGAGGCUGGGGCAAAGGAAUGGCCGCUGAGCCUGUUGGUGGCUGCGUUUGGCAAAGCCGUCAGUGGCGCUGACACUCCGCAGACCAGCACCCACCUCCUCCACCGCACCCUACAAGCUCUGUCCGCAGCCUACCUCCCGCACCUCAACCUCAUCUCCGAACCCCAACACGCCAUCAUCCCGCUUCACACCUGCGCCCGGGCGGGCUACUGGGACGGCCCUCUGCCCGCCCAGCUGCUAGCCCGACUAGCCCGACACAACGCGGAGCUCCUGCGCCUCGCAGGAACCGGUCGGGAACAUGUCCAGCUCUGGAGCUCACUCUCAGCGGCUCCGGAGCACUUGCUGCGGUCGGCUGCGGCUGCGGACGUGGCGGUGUUGCUGCCUUCCAGCGCCGCCUGCUUGAUUCGGAUGAGUGCCAGUGCCUCCACCGCUCAGAAGUACGGGUUGAGUGAGGAGGACUGUGCGGAGUUGCUUGCAGCAUGUGCUCGGUUGGCUGCGGUGGAUGCAGCGGGGUUGCUUGGGUUGGGGCGCGACAGAGGAGGAGCAGGAGGAGGAGGAGCAGGAGGACGGGUACCGGUCACAGAGGAGCUUUGUCACCGGCUGACGGCAUGCUUAGCGGGAGCGGAGGAGCAGCACCAACAGCGAGAUCGGGGUGCGGAUGAGGCGGAGGAGGCGGGGGAGGCGUGGGUGCAGCGAAGCGGGCUGUCGAAGGAGGAGGCGGAGGCGGCUGGACGGCGGGCAGCGCGGGCGUGGGUGGCGUUGGGGGAGCUGUCGGAGCGCUGCGGGCACGCCCCAGAGCAGCGGAGCUUGCAUGCGUUGGCGAAGCGGGUUGCGCGGUUGGUACGUGCUAGUGGGAGCAGCUGGGCGGGGAUGCAACGUGCUUCUACUCUUCGCUCGCAGCAACAGCAACAGCAGUCGGAGUGGAGGUGGGAUGAGCUGAGGGACGAUGCCGAGGCGGGGGAGGAGCACAACCGAGGCAGCGGGGAUGUCGGGGGAGGAGGGCAGCCCCUCGACCCGCAGCUGCUGGUGGACCUACUGGAUGCAUGCGUCAAGUUGGGGUUCAGCGAGCCGGCGCUUCUGAAGCCCCUGGCUGCGGGAUUGGCGCAGGCUAGGGAGCCGCUGGACGGAAGCACGCUGGUGCGCGUGCUUCGCUCCCUGACAGAGCUGGGAUGCCGGGGCCCCGCACUUCGGUCCCUCUUCGCCGAGGUGCACCUACGGUUACAGGAGGCCAAGGAAGACAUCCCAGCCCCAGACCCCAACCCCGAUGGUGAUGUCCACCCACCAACAGAACAGCAGCAGCGGUGGCAGCAGCGGCAGCAGCGGCAGCAGCGGUGGCAGCAGCGGCAGCAGCUCAAGCAGCAGCAGGGCCCCUUCCCGCUGCCAGCUCUCGUGCACCUCCUUUGCGCGCUGGAGCGCUGGUUGCCGCUGCUGCCGGAGGGAGCGUCCGAGACUGCAGAGGCGGUGGCGCUGGUGGACCUGGCUGCUCAGGAGUGUCGGCGGCGGAGUGACUACCUGCGGACCCUGACGGCGGAGCAGCUCAGCCAUGCGGCGUGGGCGCUGUCCAAGAUGCGGUACGACAGGCAGGGGUGGUACGAGGCGGCUGCGAGUGCGGCUGCGAGGCCAAGGUUCCGAGCUGCGGGUUUGGCUCAGGAUUGGUCGCGGCUGUGGUAUGCGUUGGCCGUGGUGCGACACUGGCCUGAUGUGGAUUUGUUGGGGGCGAUGGUGAGGGACCUCCCACCACGCUGGAAGCAGCAGCAUCAGCAGCUGCUGGAACAGCAACGCUCCUCUAGAGCAUAUAGAGCAUCAGCAUCGGGCUCCUCUGCCUCAUCAACAUCAGCAGCGGAAACAGCAGCAGCAACAACAGCAGCAGCAGCAGCAGUGACGCCCUUAUCUGCCAUACGCACCGGCGCUAGCGUCCGUGACUGCGCUAGCCUGCUGUGGUCGCUUGCCGUGCUGGGACUGUACGAGAAGCGGUUGGUGGACGUGCUGUCGGAGCGGCUGGGCGUGUUGCUGCCGUUGGGCCGAACGGAGGCGCGGCUGAUGGUCAAGGUUCGCGACCUGGCGAUGUGUCUGUGGGCGCUGGCGGUGAUGGGUCCGGAGGCGAUAUCGCGGCACUGCGGACUGGUGGAGGAGCUGCUGCGGGAGGUGGUGCGCAGGUGGGACAGCAACGCCGCCUUCACGCCCAAGGACAUGCAGAUGCUGUGGCAGGCCCAACAGGAACUGGAAUUCCUCGCGGUCCACAAGCCGCACGCACCCGUCGCGGCGUUGCGGGGGAUCCUGGUGGCUGGGGCUGCUGAGGGAAGUGGUGCUGGUGGUGCUGGUGCUGGUGCUGGUGAUGAGGGUAAAGGUAGCGGCGGCGGUGGUGAGGGUGGAGGUGAUGCGGGGGUUCCGGGAACGUUGUUAUACGCGAUGCGGCAUGCAACGGAGUCUGUACGGCAAAAGUCCGCGCAGCGGAUGCAGUUGAACAAGACACUGCAGGCGCUGCAGCAUCAGCAGCAAAAGCAGCUCCAGGAGUUCAGGGCAGCCCGCAACAACAACCGGAGGCCUAGCUCCUGGCCGGCUCCUGCAGCAAACGGCAUCAUUCGCUCCAUUAAGCCCAACCACCCGUUGGAGGGACUGCACAUUCGCGUAGACGCCCUGGUAGAGUUCCAGGGCGGCAGGCGGGUAGCGGUUGAGGCGGUGGAGGCGGCGGCAUACCUGUCCAACUGGCCGCACUCGCAACGCAAGUCGGGGUCGGCAAAGCUGCGACACCGGCAAUUGAGACGCGUGUUCGCAAAGUGCGAUAUCGUGGAGGUUCCCAGCUGGGAGUGGUGGGCGGUGAUGGGUGGGCCGGAGGAGCGACAGCGGUAUCUGGCUGAGAAAUUGGGACUGGACACUGGAGUGAGCGGCGGUUGGUGUGGAGGGGAUUAGGCAAACUGAGUCGCAACAUAGGAAGACCCGGACCCGGAAGACAUAGGAUGCGGUAGGAUGCACAGCCGGUCGGGUAAGGGUAGGUGGUAACAGGUGGUCUUGGCAUUCGUUUACCGGUAUCUGCGGUAGGAGGGCGGCUGUGAGUGCCACGUGCUGCUGCUCAGGAGGCUGAGGGGUCUUGGGGGCUGGUUGGAUGGCUGGGUGCUGCAAUCCUACUGCGAACUGUGGUUGCUAUCCAGUGAUAGCAUCAUGAAUGCGAGUGGGACUGUUUAAUGCGUUUCAUGUGCGGACUCUGCAUGUGUGGGUUGGGAGUAGGCGGGAGAUGGGCAGUGCGUGCGCAACGCCUUUUGCAUGCGCUUUGGAUAAGUAUGAUAUGUGAUAAGAUGGUGGGUCCGUACCGGUCUGCGAUCUCCUUGCCUGGGCCCACGUGGCCAGAAUCUGCCGUACAGUAUCUCGGCUGGACGGUGCCGUAUGUCGUAUGCAUGCGUGCGCGGCUUCUUGCCAUGCUGCUGACAUGUCACACGAAGGCGUUGUGUUUGAAGGCUC